AUAUUCUCAUUAGUAGAAAGUUUCAGUCUUUCUUAACUACUGCUACAAACAGGGUUUUGGGUUCUUGGCGGGGUUUAAAAAGUUGGGUUUUUGUAUGGUAUAUGUUUGAUCGGAAUGGGGAAGGAGAACCCGCCUGAGAAUCGAGUGAGGGUACCCAAGUUUUCUGAUCAAAACCAAGCUCCGAAGGGCAAUGUUGAUGUGAAGGGAAAUGUGAAUGUUUCGAAGGUUAAGCCUUCAUGGGGGUCUCAGAUUGUGAAGGGAUUGUCCGGAGAGAAGAGAGCUAAGGGGUUGAUCACAGUCCAGAGCAGAAAAACACCAUUGUCGAACUCAGAUGGUGCGAACUCCCAUUUGAGGGCGAAGAGGUCUCUGAUGGGAGACUUGUCAUGUUCAGUGACUGCCACUCAGGUCCAUCCCCAGACAUCUGUGAUUGGCCAGAGAGCAAGAAAUUCUGCCUCCCGGGACUUGUUCCUUGAAAUCGAUCACCUCAGGAGCCUUCUGCAGGAGUCGAAAGAGAGCAAGGCAAAGCUUGAGGCAGAGAUGGAGCUGAAGAGUGGGGAAGUUGAUGGACUGGUGAAGAGAGUGGAGGAAUUGGAAUGCAAUAAUGCCAGCCUUUCCGAGGAGUUGCGUAAGAGGGAUAAUAUCAAGGAUUUGAAUGGGUUGGAGAUUGAGGUUGUUGAGCUGAGGCGCUUGAACAAGGAGCUUCAGCUUCAAAAGAGAGAUCUUUCUUGCAGGCUUUCUUAUUAUAUGGACUCCAAACUAGCUACUACUCCACAAAGAAUUUCUGAGGAGAAUGAUGUUGAGAAGAUCAAAGCAGAGGCUUCAUUGUUAAGGCAUAGGAACGAAUCACUUUGCAAACAAGUAGAGGGUUUGCAGAUGAGCCGUUUGAAUGAAGUUGAGGAGCUUGCAUAUUUGAGGUGGGAGAACUCGUGCUUAAGGGACGAGUUGCGCGGGUGCGAUAAGCCACUUUCUAGUCCGGAUGGUAGUGACAAAAGCAGGGAGUCCACUAACCAAAGUGACGAAGACUCCUUGAAAUGCAGUAGCAAUGCCAGUGGGAGAUUGAGUCUUAUCAAGAAGCUCAAGAAAUGGCCUCUUACGGAUGAUCAUUCCCAGAAUUAUGCCCGGAGACACUCCAUCAGCGGAUCAAAAUGCUGUGCUGAAGAAUUGGUGAUCAAUUUGAGAAGACAGUCUGAUGGGUUUGUAUUGUUAAAGGAAGUGGGCAAGGAAAAUGAGCCUUUUUCUUUCCAGCCUGGGGUGACAGCCUCUUGUUCUUCUUCAGAGAUUGAGAGACGAGCCCUGCGGGUCCCAAACCCCCCACCUAGAGUGACAGUUUCAAGUGAUCAGAAGAAGGAAACUUCAGCUAAAGCCCCUCCCCCUGCCCUUCCCCUUCCGCCGCCACCUCCUCCAAAGGUCAUGGCUAGAAGUAGUACAGCAGGAACAGUGCAGCGAGCGCCACAAGUUGUUGAAUUUUAUCACUCACUCAUGAAAAGAGACUCGAGAAAGGAGUCUUUAAAUGGCGUUUGUGAUGUGUCGAAUGUUGCAGAUGCUCGCAGUAGCAUGAUUGGCGAAAUCGCUAACCGAUCUUCUUAUCUGCUUGCUAUAAAGGCAGAUGUUGAGACUCAAGGGGAAUUUGUGAACUCUUUAAUAAGGGAAGUCAACAAUGCAACAUUUUCAGACAUAGAAGAUGUUGUUGCAUUUGUGAAAUGGCUUGAUGAUGAACUUUGCUUUCUGGUGGAUGAAAGAGCAGUCUUGAAGCACUUUGAUUGGCCGGAGAGUAAAGCCGAUUCAUUACGAGAGGCAGCGUUUGGGUAUAGAGAUUUGAAGAAGCUGGAGAACGAAGUUUCACGUUACAAUGAUGAUCCUAGUUUGCCAUCUGAUCUUGCACUGAAGAAAAUGGUUGCUUUGUCUGAGAAGAUGGAACGCACCGUGUAUAGCCUUCUCAGAUCAAGAGAUUCUUUAAUCCGCCACUGCAAUACAUUCCAGAUCCCCACAAACUGGAUGCAUGACUGUGGGAUAUUAAGCAAGAUAAAGUUGGGCUCAGUGAAACUGGCAAAAUUGUACAUGAAGAGGGUAGCUAUGGAACUUCAAUCAAAGGGGGGAGGAUCGUCAUCAGAUAAAGACACCUCCAUGGACUAUAUGUUACUGCAAGGCGUUAGGUUCGCUUUCCGAAUUCAUCAGUUUGCAGGAGGGUUUGAUGCAGAAACUAUGGGUGCUUUUGAGGAGCUCCGAGAUCUCGCUCUUGCUCUGAACAAGAUGUAGAAGAAGAAGAAGAAGAAGAAGAAGAAGAAGGGAUAUGACAGUCUAAACCAGACUUGAUAAACAAGAAGCAGUGAGAAUAUUGCUAGAGAGGCCUACCAUCUCAGUAGCAAUCCUUGCAAUAUGAGCUCUUUUUAAAAUAUUUUGUUAUGCCAAAAUGUGGCAUUUUUUGGGUUUCAUGUCCCUCUAUUGUUUUUUUUUUGUUUUCUUCAUAUGUACACGUUUGGUAUUAAUUGACAUUCAUUUAACGACCAAACAGUUAAAAAUGUUCAUCAACAUGAAAAAAUGAAAACUUGAUGAGCAU